AUGAAAUUCAGUGAGAUCAUACAAGUUACUAGAGAAGAGGAACAACUUCAUUACAGAAAAUUGAGACACCAAUAUAAAGUGUUCCUGGAGGAAGAUCGAAAACGACAAGAAAGGAACGAGAAAAUAGUACGAUCUCUGGAGAAGAUAGAUGCAAGAAUCAGUAGGUUGACGUCCAAAAAAGAUCUUUACCAGAGACCCAGACGAUUUUGUCGUAACUGUCACCAUCGUACUAGUGUGAAUGAUAUUCCAAAAUCUGAGAAAGUAGAAUCGAGUUUUCCUAAAUACGAACAAGCAUAUAAAAACGACACCACAGAGAAACUAGACAUUAUAGAUGAGUAUUUGAAUAGUUUGAAAAAAAAACCUACAAGUUUAACAAAAGAAGACAAACUCGAACGAUUCAGCACAAAACAAUUGGACAAUCUCAGAGAAGGGUUGAAUAAAAGGUUUGAUAGCAACAAAGCUAAUUCGAUAGCAACAGAAAUCAUGAAUUCCAUAUAUUCCAGACAUUAUGAAAGAGAUCUUUUGGAAACAAAGAUACCCGAUAUUACACAACCAAUUUCGAAGUUACCUAAAAAUCUUCAUGAUGAAACUGAGACACCUCAGCCCAUCAUUGACAAUACAAGUUUUCCUUCUUCAGUUUCUCCUAGGAAAUGCGAUGAAAUAGUUCUUCCAAAAGAUGUGUCUGAUAUCUCACCAAAAAUAUCGUCAAGGAGCUAUUAUGAAUUAGAAAAUGAACCUAAAGUUGAAAGAAGAACCGGAGAAGUACAUAAUAAUAUUCACUACAAACCUACGACCGAAUCCAACUCUUCUGUGAACAUACAUGAAAACAAGAUUGUUAGAGAUAUGGGAAAAGACGCAGCAUCUUCAAAACUGAGUAAAUUGAAUCCAAUUGAAGAUGAAUCAAAAAUUGCCCUAGAGCUCAAUUGUCUAACGAAGGAAAAUAAUUUGACUGGCGAAGAUGGCUCAAACGUCAAUGAUGACAUUGAACAACAGCCCCCCGAAAAAAAUACAGAAACUAAACGAAAUAAUGAAGUUCAACCAAAUAUCCAAGUUCCUCCUCAGCAAAAGUCAUUAGGCAACGAAACUACUAUGAUUCAACGUGAGGAAAAUAAAAAUUCUCAAGUUUCCAAACCGAAAACUGAAAGCCUGCACGAGAAACUCCGAGACACACCUUCAAGUCAAACAAUUAAUGAUAAACAGCUUGGACAAUCUGACGAAAACAAUCCUCAGACAGUUAACACUCGUGAUGAUGGUCAAUUGGUGGAAGACGAUAAUUCUGUACCCCUCGAUACAUUAGGGGAUGAUACCCAGUCUGCUGAUCAUCAUGAACCCAUGUAUGACGAAAACGGUAAAGCAGAGAUUAUGAAUCAGUACGAUGAAACUGAACAGCAACAAUUUGAUGAGAAUGGUCAACAUAUUGAUCAUUUUCAGCCUCAGCAUGACGAAAAUGCACAGGUGCAACAAUUUGAUAGGAAUGGUCAGCAUAUUGAUCAAUAUGAGCCUCAGUAUGACGAAAAAGGGCAGGCAAUACAGCAACAGCAGCCAUUUGAUGAGAAUGGUCAGCAUAUCGAUCUGUAUGAGCCUCAGCAUGACGAAAAUGGCCAGGUCAUUCAGCAGCAGCAGUUUGAUAGGAAUGGUCAGGACAUUGACCAUUAUGAGCCUCAAUACAACGAAAAUGGACAGUUGAUAGAGCAUCAGCAGUUUGAUGAAAAUGGUCAGCAUAUUGACCAGUAUGAGCCUCAAUAUGACGAACAUGGGCAGUUGAUGCAGCAGCAGCAGUUUGAAAAUGGUCAGCACAUCGAUCAGUAUGAGUCUCAGUAUGACGAUAAUGGGCAGAUCAUUCAGCAGCAGCAGUUUGAUGGAAAUGGUCAACAUAUUGAUCAGUAUGAACCCCAGUACGACGAAAAUGGGCAGGUCAUUCACCAGCAGCAGUAUGACGAUAAUGGCCAGCUCAUUGGUCACUAUGAUGAAACUGGGCAGGCGAAUCCGCAGCAGGAACAGUAUGAUGAAAAUGGACAAAUCAUACAGCAGCAGCUGUAUGAUGAAAAUGGUCAGGCGAUUCAGUACGACGAGCAUGGUCAGCCCUAUCCAGCGUUCGAAGGAGAUCCAAAUCUGCAUUACCAGCAAUAUGACGAGAACGGUCAGCCCAUUCAACCUUAUGACCAGCCAUCAGUUGCACAAUACGGUGAUUAUGAUCAGUCAUAUGGACAAUACGAUGAAAGCGAGAAAAUGUUGCAAGGAAAUGAUCAGCUGCAUCAUGAGGAAAAAAUUGAUUUGAAUUCAACUGGCGGAAAUGCAGGUAGCUUCGCACAAGGAGAUUCCAGUGAGAUAUCUCACGACCCGAAAGAAGAUGGUAAAGUUGAUGGCGUCCAAAAUAAAGUUCUGGACAUGUUGGAUACCGAUACUGAUAGUGUAAAGCAAAACACCAGCAAGAUUUCGAAUGAAAGUGACUUCGAUUUUGGUAGUGGUUGA